AUGUUCAAACAACUGAAAGUAUUUCAAGUUAUUAACAAAUCAAUCAAUAUUUUUAUCCGCAGCAGAAGCUCACCAGGUUCAUACGAAAGUAUCUUUAAAGGAAUUCCUAAAACACAACAUUCAGAACUUCAUAGUGGACUUACAGUUGCAACAGAGGAAAGAAAUUGUCCCCACGUGUGUUUUGGAUUUUACAUAGACGCUGGAUCAAGACAUGAAAACGAAUUAGAAAAUGGUGUCACACAUUUUUUUCAACACAUUGCUUUCAAGGGCACCGAAAAUAGAUCCAAAGCGGACUUGGAAAAGGAAAUGUCUUCAACCGGAGCAAAAUUUAAAUGUUUUACUACGCGUGAUAUUACAGUUUAUUUUGCUCAAUGUUUAGCAAAAGAUUUUGCUCAAGUUGUUGAUAUUCUAUAUGAAUGCGUAUUUAACAAUUCUUUUUGUUGCGACGAACUUGAAAUUCAAAGAAAUGUUAUCCAAGAAGAAAUGUUAAAGCAUGAUGAAUCAACAGUAAAUGUAUUAUAUGACUAUUUACAUUCAACAGCGUUCCAAGGUACACAAUUAGGACAAACUGUUAUGGGAACUAGUGAAAACUUACAUAAAUUUCAAAUGCCUUCUGUUAGAAAUCAUGUAAAGAAAAUGUUUAUUCCACAAAGAACUGUAUUAGCUGCCGUUGGUGGUGUUAGGCACGAGACUAUGAUAAAUAUUGGAAAUAAAUAUUUUAGGAAAACUAAAGACCCCGAAUGUAUUUCUUUAGGUCCUAGUAGAUAUACAGGAUCCGAAAUAUCCUACAGAGAUGAUUCAAUGCCCAUGGGUCAUGUAGCUAUAGCUGUGGAAGGCCCCUCCUUUUGUAGUAAAGAUAAAAUCUUUAUGAAUCUAGCCGCCUCAUACAUCGGAGGUUGGGACACCUCUCAACCAGGCGGAACAAACCACGGAACUUACACCGCGUUGAUGGGCUCAGCUGGACGUAAUUGCGAGUCUUAUAAAACUUUCCAUUUUGUUUAUAAUGAUACCAGUCUAUGGGGAGCACAAUUUAUAUCACCGAGAAUUGAUUUAGACGACAUGCUAUACGUCAUUCAGGACACAUGGAUGAGACUAUGUGACUUGAUUACUGACGGUGAAUUAAUAAGACCCAAAAAUGAAUUAAAAUCAAAGAUUCUGAUGCAAAAUCAAAGCACAGAAAAAGCAUGUCAUGAUAUUGGACAACACGUACUUCGAACUGGGAAUCGACCGAGUAUUCCUGAUAGAUUUCGUGAAAUUGAUAAUAUAACUGCAAAGCAGUUAAAAAAAGUUUGCGAUAACUACAUUUAUGAUAGAUGUCCAGUUGUAGUUGGCAUUGGUUCCAUAGAAUGCUUAUAUCCGUAUACAAAUAUAAGAGAUGGUAUGCGUUGGCUAAGAGUAUAA